AUGUUAGAUUUGUUAACAUCAACUACCCAUUCUAAUACUUUGGAUUUAAAAAGCGACAAAGUAUCACACUGCAUGACAAAAUUCGGUAAAGAAUUAAAAAGUGAAAAACCUAAAUGUGACACGCACUGUUUCCUUAUUUCUAGCCUACACGGAGUAACAACCAAAUUAAUACUAUUUGAACUUUGCUAUUCACACGGAUGCUUGCAGCAAUGGAAAGAUUUAGCCCGUCGUGUGGACAGUUUACACAAACAAGUAACAAUAGCACUAGUCGGCAAAUAUACAAAACUUGAGGACUCAUACGCUUCAGUUUCGAAAUCUCUGCAGCAUGCAUCAAUAGCUGCCGGGUACAAAUUAAAUUUAAAAUAUAUAGAAGCUUGUCAUUUGGAGCAACAAACUCGCGAGGUAUCUCCCUCACUUUAUCACGAAGCGUGGCAUACUCUUUGUAAUGCGGACGGUGUUAUUGUGCCAGGAGGUUUUGGACAACGAGGUAUGGAAGGAAAGAUAACGGCAUGUAAUUGGUGUCGGGAAAAGAAGAAACCAUUUUUAGGUAUAUGUUUAGGUCUGCAAGCGGCCAUCAUAGAGUUUUGUAGAAAUGUCCUUGGCAUGAAGGACGCAAAUACAACAGAAAUUGACUCCUCCACUUCAUAUCCAGUAGUUAUUGAUAUGCCAGAACAUCAUCCUGGCCAAAUGGGUGGCACUAUGCGGUUGGGCAAUCGUACAACAGUUUUCACAGCAGAAACUAGUAUUAUAAGACAACUGUAUGGAAAUCGAAAUAAAGUGGCUGAGAGGCAUAGGCAUCGUUACGAAGUAAAUCCCGAAUUUGUUCCAAUGAUUCAAGAAAAUGGCCUAAAAUUUGUGGGAAUGGACACUGAAAAAACAAGAAUGGAAAUUAUAGAACUGUCAGACCAUCCCUACUACGGCGCAACGCAAUACCAUCCGGAAUAUCUUUCAAGGCCGUUAAAACCGUCACCCCCAUUUCUAGGCCUGAUUUUGGCAUCUGUUGGAAAGCUCAAUAAUUUUAUUCAACGUGGUUGCAGGCUGUCUCCAAAACAAAUGUCAGACGCUAGUAGCGAUGAGGACGAAUGUCUUGUGAAAACAUCAAAAAUCAAGAAAAAUGGUGCAGUUACAUCUAAUAACCUAAUUUUUUUGAGUGAAAAUGUAAACAAAAUCCAAUCAGAAUUUGGAAGUCAAAAAAUUUAUGUAGAAGGUGAACCAUCUCCAAACAAUACAAUAGAGAGUAGCUGA